GUGCGCCCCCGGCGGGCUUUGGAGAUGGCGCAGCGGCGAUCGGCACACGCACGGACUGCCUAGCACCCCCUCCUGAAAUAAUUUUAAAAAGAAAAAAAAGAACCAAAACCACCGACAACAGCCCCGGAUCCCUGUUGGUGGACCGUCGAACCGAGCCGCCGGAACUAUGAGUCUGUCCCGGAGGUCUGCGCUGGUCCUGCGCCGGAGCCGGUGCUUUUAUCCGCGGCUGUGGGAGCAGGGCCGCGCCGGGGCGCACGGGCCUACCCGCCUGGAGGACGCACCCAGGCGGUUCAGCACGGCCGAGGUGUCCAAGGUAGAACCCGGAGACCCCGGUAGGAUGCGGGAGAGGACCCUGACCAUGGCCACCCUCAACCCGCAGGUGAAGGCCGUGGAGUACGCGGUCCGGGGACCCAUCGUCCUGAAGGCGGCGGACAUAGAGAGGAUGCUGCAGCAGGGAGUGAAACAGCCGUUCUCUGAGGUCAUCAAAGCCAACAUCGGUGACGCUCACGCCAUGGGUCAGCAGCCAAUCACCUUCCUCCGUCAGGUGGUGGCUCUGUGCUGUUUCCCUGAACUCUUGGACAGUCCAGUUUUCCCCGAUGACGCCAAACAGAGAGCUCAGCGGAUCCUCCAGGACUGUGGAGGCCAGAGUCUGGGUUCGUACAGUGCCAGUCAGGGGGUGCAAUGCAUCCGUCAGGACAUUGCAGACUACAUCUCCCGUAGAGACCAGGGCGUUCCUUCAGACUGGAAUAACAUCUACCUCACCACCGGGGCCAGCGAUGGCAUCAUGAGCAUCCUCAAACUGCUGGUCUCAGGUCACGGCAGCUCCAGAACCGGUGUGAUGAUCCCCAUCCCUCAGUACCCGCUCUACUCCGCCGCCAUCUCCGAGCUGGAGGCGGUGCAGGUUAAUUACUAUCUGGAUGAGGCUAAUUGCUGGGCGCUGGAUGUUGAGGAGCUGCAGAGGGCUUAUCUGGAGGCCAAACAGCACUGCCAACCCAGAGUCCUAUGCAUCAUCAACCCUGGAAACCCCACAGGUCAGGUGCAGAGCAGGAAGUGCAUAGAGGAGGUUCUGCACUUCGCCUAUGAGGAAAACCUGUUUGUCAUGGCUGAUGAGGUCUACCAGGACAACGUCUACUCCUCAGACUGUGAGUUCCACUCCUUUAAGAAGAUCCUGUAUGAGAUGGGCCCGGAGUAUUUCAACAACGUGGAACUGGCCUCGUUCCACUCCACCUCCAAAGGCUACACCGGAGAGUGUGGGUUCCGUGGAGGAUACAUGGAGAUUCUGAACAUGGAUUCACAGGUGAACAGUCAGCUGGUCAAACUGUUGUCUGUUCGUCUCUGCCCCCCCGUGUCUGGACAGGCGGCCAUGGACGUCAUCGUCAACCCCCCCGAAGAGCAUGAGCCGUCCUACAGCCAGUUCAACAAGGAGAAGAGUUCCGUCCUGGAUUCUCUGGCUCAUAAGGCCAGACUGACGGAGCAGAUCCUGAACUCGGUGCCUGGAAUGAAGUGUAACCCGGUCCAAGGAGCCAUGUACGCCUUCCCUCAGAUCUUCAUCCCACCAAGAGCCAUUCAGGAAGCCCAGGCUCUUUCUGUGGCUCCUGACAUGUUGUACUGUCUGAAACUCUUGGAGGAAACUGGUAUCUGUGUUGUUCCAGGAAGUGGGUUCGGACAGAGGGAAGGAACAUAUCACUUCAGAAUGACCAUCCUACCAGAUCCAGAAAAGCUGAAGGUUCUCCUGGAGAAGGUGAGGGAGUUCCACCUGCGAUUCCUGGAGGAGUAUUCACACCCGGAGCCUCAACUCAACAUUUGCACUGAAACUGAACACAGAGAAACGUCCAAACAACCCAACUGACGUCCAGCAGGUGGCGCUGUCUGGAAACUGAUUAGUGGACUUUUUCAGGAGGAUUGUGUCGUAAAGAGUCUUAAUUCCUGAAACUCUCACAGUGGUCUUAAUUUUUAGUCGUUCAUCUGUACCUGCUGUACCAGGAUGCUCUUUAUAUUAAACACAUUCUCUGCCAAGGACUUCGACCCCUUAAAACUACAUAUAUCCACACAACCAUGAGAAUCAAACUUGAUUUUUCCCGAAAUAUCUUCAUAAGACCCAUAUUUGAAGAUCUCAUCCUACUUUAGCUGCUUCAUAACAGAUGAAAGUGACGAAUCUGCAGAGAUGAUCUGAGUUUAUGUUUAGUUGGUUGGUUUUUAACCUAGAAAGACCCAGUGUUACAGUUAUGGGAGCUCCCACAAGCAUUUUUCUCUGUACUUAACCUUCUUUAAGUGAUUUAUCACCAUUUAUUAUAACAUUAUCUUCUGUAUUUUGCAUUUUUCAGUGAAGAUAAGGUGUUUUCUUAUAUUUAAUUCACUGAUCAUGUAGCUGUUCAUUAAAACUCAAAGU